AUACACCAAACAAUACUACCCAGACUCAGAGCUACUCGCAGAGACAGAAGCGGCACUUUUCUUGAUCUCAAAAGCAGCAAAUUUUUGAGAGGCAACAAUGGAGGAAUUAACAUCAGCUUUCAAUUCUCAUAUGGACCAAAUGGCAGAUCUCGUUGAGAAAUUCAGUGCAGAGAUGAGGUCCAGUCUUAGACCCGCCUAUGACAACUUCAUCGGCUUCUUCCACGCCAUUGACUGGACGGAACCUUGGUUGAUAUGUCUUCUUUCAUUUCAUGCCAUGUUUCUUCUUGUAUCAUUUGUCUCGCGGAAGAACAUCAACUUCCAGAUGUUUUUGUUCCUUCUUGCACUUGGAGGAGUGUAUGGUGCCGAAAAGCUUAAUGGCUUAUUAGCUGCAAACUGGAUAAGCUUUGCACGCCAGAAUUACUUCGAUUCACACGGCAUUUUUCUUUCCACACUCUGGUCUGGGCCUCUGUUGGUUAUUGCGAUAAUAAUCUUGGUUAAUACCCUCUUUUCACUAUGUUACCUGAUUGUAAGGUGGAAAAAAGCCGAGCUUAGACACCGGGCCAGACUAGCUCGUAAUAAGGAGGAUUAACAAACAUAUUGCUGCUCUGCUAUGACUUGAGCAUAGGGUAGGCUCCUGGAAUGCGGCUUAUGCAAACCCUUACUCCAUUAUCUCCCUACACAAGACUAGUGAAGAGAAUCCCUUAGCUUAGACCGGGACCACAAAACAGUCGUUACAUUAAGGAUUGAUUUUGCCAACCUUGACCUUUUCCUUAUUUAAAUAGUUUUGGGCAGAGCUGAAAUCAGUAUAGCCUUUCUUGCUUUUGUAACCAGUGUCUGAAACGCGCCCGCUUCUGUUUAUCUUGCAGUGUCCAUUAUUGAAUUUCUUUAUUUCAAAAUUAAA